AGAAGAUGAGGUGAAUGUUAGUUGAACACACGAAGUUAAUGUAUGUGCAUCAUACGAAUUGGACAUCAAUUCAAUACGAUAACUUUGCUUUAUUCACCUGAACCAUUUUGAAUACAAUUUUUCACCUUGUCUCUCGUCUUUCUCUUGGAAUCUUUCGCCUGCCAAAAUACCUGCGAACAACCUGAAUUUAAAAAAAAAAUGAUGUAAAAGUAAUUUUUGAGAAUAGUUCAUAUCAAUAUGUAAGUAAUCAGUCAGAUUCUAAUACACACAUACUUAGUCUCUCCAUUAUAAAUACUUAUCCAGUUAUGAAUGGCUUUGUAAAUAAAUCCCUUGAUCAUCAAUAUGUUUCACUGAAACUCUCAAAUCAAUAUUACCAUAGUUACAUGAAUAAUUUUAUGAUUGACUCUGAAGAUGAAAUAAGUAUAUCGAGAGAAAGAUACCUUGGAUUCAUCAUAACUCGUUUAUCAGUCACUUCGUGUUCUGAAUUGGAGGUUUUGAAUGACAACGUUAUGGCCAAGACAACUUGCCUGCUAGAUCCGAAUAGGAAGAUAUCUUCCUAUUAUGUUGACAUUUCUAAAGAAAUUGAAGAAAGUGGAUGGCAAUCGAAAAUCGACCGUGCAUUUGUGUGUGGAACAAAUAUCACAGCAUCUGUAAUAUUGGUUCCUGAGAGAUAGGUCGAAACUGCCAUGUUAAUGUAGAGUGAAAUCAUCGGAGAAACUUAUUCAAAAGACAACUCCACUGAAUCAUGUCAAAACAAAACAACAUUGGAUAUAACAUGAAUUUGGUGUGAAAAAAAUAACACAUGUAUUCAAAGUAAUGAUAAGGAUAUUCAUAAGUUGAAAACCAAAGAUUGUCAUAUUCUGGUGAGUAAUUAUUAUAUUUCUCAGAUCCUUUACAACACCACCGAAUUCCAUAUUCUGAGUAAAAAUGGAUUUAUUUGAAAGAAGAUUUUCUUCCAUCUAUAACAAUCGAAGUGUAUUCGAGUCACAGUGACUAGGUCACAGAUUAGUAGAUCAUAGAUUGAUGAUGAGUGGGAGAUUUUAGACUCCCAAUGUUGAUGUUCAGAACAAUAAUAUCUGAUUCUCUAUUGUAAAAUUGGUAAUGUGAAUAGAAUACUUCAAUCAAGCUAUCAGUGAUAGCUUGAUUGAUUUAUAUUAGCAUAGUGAUUAGAUAUGAAAUAAUAAUAAAACAAUAAUCUCAUCAUACACAAAUGAGUUGUCAAUUAGUUGUAGAAUAGAGGGUACUUAUCUCAUUGAUUGUCAUAUCAAUCGGUAGUAGAUGAUUGUAUACAUGUAAUUUAUGUAAUCAAACUGUUGAAUUCUCAUUUAUUAUCAACACUGAUAAUAGUUAUUAAUGAUUAAUAUAUUCAUUGAAUAAUAUUACUUUACUUACUUACUUACUUACGCUUGUUACCCCUCGUGGAGGAGUAUAGGCCGCUCACC